CAAAACUCCCUACGUUUAACUUUGAUACUCUCUUUACCAACCUGAAUUUUCAUGGAUGAAAAGUAAAGUUGAAGGAGAUUUUGUGUCAGUGACCAAAUUACCCCUGAGAGGGUUUUUGUAUGACAUUUAUACCAUGUGUGGGGUGGGUCUCUUUGGCCUAAUGCUUUUGAUUUGUAUAAUAUUAUCCCCCGGCGGCUUCUUAAUUGGACUCAAUAGUUAGCCGUUACACGCCAAAUCCCUCACUUUCAUCAAUAGCUAUUCUCAUCAACCAUGGUUUAGCUUGUCUUUUCUUAUUCACAUCGAAAUUUAAUAUAUGGUUUUGAAUAUCCAAAAGGGCAUUAAAUGAUCACUUGCUAAAGUAAGGGAAAAAAAGACUCGUGGGGCAUCUUUAGGUACUUCAGUUUUGAUGAUGGUUGACUCAUGCUUUCAAACAAGCUUUGUGUGUGAUCAUAAGAUUCUCGAAGUUAUUGAUCUUUGUUGAUCAUCAAUUGAAUUCUACUAGGCCACUCCACCGAAGUUUGAAAUCAUGGUGGAAGCAACUCAAGCUAAUAAAGAUAAAGAUGCGGCUGCAUUUGAAGCCCGUUCCACAGAAGACUGGUUGUUGCAUGCACAGGAACUUGUUCCUGUUGCUCUUGCUAAUGCAAGGGAGGUUAAGGGGUUUCCUGGUAGGUGGAAGAUGAUCAUUUCAAAAUUGGAGCAGAUUCCAUUACGUUUAUCGGACUUGUCGAGCCACCCUUGUUUCUCCAGGAAUGCUCUUUGCAAGGAGCAAUUGCAGGCUGUGUCAAAGACACUUAGAGAAGCCAUUGAAUUGGCUGACUUGUGUGUGAAGGAGAAGUACGAGGGAAAGCUUCGGAUGCAGAGUGAUCUUGAUGCAUUGAUUGGGAAACUGGAUUUGAAUUUGAAGGAUUGUGGUCUCUUGAUCAAGACGGGGGUGCUUGGUGAAGCUAGUUUGCCAUUAACCGUGUUAGGUUCUAUGGCAGAAUCAGAUAUUGCAACACACAACAAUAUAAGAGAACUACUUGCACGCCUUCAGAUUGGUCACUUGGAAGCAAAGCACAAAGCCUUAGACAGACUCUAUGAUGUUAUGAAAGAGGAUGAGAAGAAUGUUUUGGCUAUUUUUGGUAGGAGCAAUGUUGCUGCUUUGGUUCAAUUGCUCACAGCAACAUCUCCACGGAUAAGGGAGAAGACAGUUAGUGUUAUAUGCUCUCUCGUGGAGUCGGGAAGCUGUGAAAAGUGGCUAGUUUCUGAAGGAGUUCUGCCACCUCUUAUAAGGCUUGUUGAAUCUGGUAGUGCUGUGGGUAAAGAGAAGGCUACUGUAUCUCUUCAGAGAUUGUCAAUGUCAGCAGAAACAACGCGUGCAAUUGUUGGACACGGUGGUGUUCAGCCAUUGAUUGAGCUUUGUCAAAAUGGUGAUUCUGUGUCACAGGCUGCUGCUGCCUGUACUUUGACAAAUGUAUCAGCUGUUCCUGAGGUGAGACAGGCUUUGGCUGAAGAAGGAAUUGUGAGGGUUAUGAUUAAUCUUCUUAAUUAUGGAAUUUUAUUAGGUUCCAAAGAGUAUGCAGCAGAAUGCUUGCAGAAUCUCACUUCAAGCAAUGAGCAUCUGAGGAAGUCUGUUAUAUCAGAAGGUGGUGUUAGGAGUCUUCUGGCUUAUCUUGAUGGUCCACUUCCCCAAGAAUCCGCAGUUGGAGCUUUGAAAAAUCUGGUUGGAUCAGUUUCCGAGGAAACUUUAGUUUCUCUUGGUUUGGUUCCCUGUUUGGUUCACGUGCUGAAGUCUGGAUCGUUGGGUGCUCAACAAGCUUCUGGGUCUAUCAUCUGCCGUGUUUGCAGUUCAAUGGAGAUGAAGAAAAUAGUUGGUGAAGCUGGGUGCAUCCCUCUUCUUAUAAAGAUGCUUGACGCUAAAUCAAAUACUGCUAGAGAGGUUGCUGCUCAAGCGAUUUCAAGCCUAAUGGUUCUGUCCCAGAAUCGGAGAGAGGUUAAGAAGGAUGAUAAAAGUGUGCCAAAUCUGGUCCAGUUGCUGGAUCCAAGUCCUCAAAACACUGCAAAAAAGUAUGCAGUUUCUUGCCUUGGAUCACUUUCUCCGAGUAAGAAAUGUAAGAAACUGAUGAUUUCUUAUGGAGCAAUCGGGUAUCUGAAGAAGCUUACAGAGAUGGACAUUGUAGGAGCUAAAAAGUUACUUCAGCGGUUGGAAAGAGGGAAAUUGAGAAGCUUGUUCAGCAGAAAGUAGAGGGGAACCAUUGGAAGUUGCAAAUGACUAUUUGUUGUAUCAUGAACCUUUUUCUUUGUUACUUUUGUUUUCAUCAAUGUUGUUUCAUUGUCUAUAUGAAACAAGUAGCUUAGAGUGUAAACUGUGGAAUGAGAAUGUUUGGUAAUCUGUGUAAUCAUGUUUAGAUUAUAUAAUAUUUUAUCUUUCUGUA